AAUUUUUUGCACUGCAGCCAUUCGAAACAAUCAAAACUACGCUCAGCAGGCAGCCGCGCAAAUUAAGCACAGAUGAGAAAUGCGAAUAGUUCGAAUGGUAAAAAUCACAAGCAGCAGCCGCAGCAGCAGACGUAGCAAUAGCAAAAUACGUGUAAACCAAUAACAAAAACAAAAAAAAGAAAACACAACAGUUCCCAACAACUGCACGUUGAGUUGAGUCGCGUCAAUUGUCGAGUGCGAGUAACAGAGGCAGAGACACAGCUGGCAGAAACCCGGAAAGCCGCAAAACACACAACACAGACUCUGACAUCAUGGCCAGGAAUCGUUGUACCCCAGUGCAGUUGGCAUUGCUUGGUCUCUGCCUGAUUUGCCACCAAACACUGCUCGAGGGCCAUGUGCUCGUCUACAGACGUACCACAAGUCAGUUGAUUGAGGAGUUCAAUGAUUUGCCAUCCAGUUUCGGUCCAUCUAUAUCGGGCAACAGUCUGCGAGUGUUUGUGGUGCCACAGGAUACAAAUAAUCCGUAUGCUUGUACGCAUCUAAAACCGCCACCCCGUACUGGGUAUCCAACGGGUGCCAAAUUCGUGGCCAUUAUAUCACGCGGCGGAGAUUGUACAUAUGAGCAAAAGGUGCGUGUGGCACAAAAUGCUUCAUUUUUUGCUGUGAUCAUCUACAACAAUGAAGGCGACGAAUUGCAACAAAUGACAGCCAAUAAUAGCACCGGCAUACAUAUAUCCUCCGUUUUUGUGGGUCUAACCACGGGCAAGACACUGCUAUCGUUCUCUUCGCCCGAGGUGGUGCUAAUCAUCAACGACGAACUGCCCUUCAAUAUCAACACACAGCUGAUAUUGCCAUUUUCCAUACUGAUUGGCCUCUGUUUUCUUACCAUGAUUAUCUAUAUGAUAUACAAGUGUAUAAGGGAGCAGCGGCGUCUGCGUCGUUAUCGUUUACCAAAGAGCAUGCUGAAGAAGCUGCCAGUGCUGCGCUACACGAAAAACAAUACGAAUAUCAAGUAUGAGACCUGUGUCAUUUGUCUCGAUGACUUUGUCGAGGAUGACAAGCUGCGUGUGUUGCCCUGCUCGCAUCCUUAUCACACGCAUUGUAUUGAUCCCUGGUUAACUGAGAACCGUCGUGUGUGCCCCAUAUGCAAGCGGAAGGUUUUUACGAAGGGCGAAACUCGUGCGAGUCGGAAUCGACAGCCUUCUUUAGAUAGCGUCACCGAUACUGAUGAUGACACCACACCGCUGCUGCAACAGCAGCCACAAACAGCAACUGCAGCUGCUGCUGCCGCCGUCGCUGCUGGCGCCAGUGGGAGCAACAGCGCUAGCAUCAAUUCGACUGGCAUCACAAGACACGGCACAUUUCGUCACGGCGAUGUUGCGCGCAACAACUCAACUUCUGAGGCGGUCGAUUAUCACAGCUCAGAUGAUGAAAAUGCGCUGCUGGAAGCCACGACACAGGCUAAUACAUCGUCAGCAUCCCAACGACGUGUCAAUCCAUUCGAUCGGGCUCCGAAUUUGCCCGCUCAUUUGGCGGAUCACUUGAAUGAGCCAAGGGAGAGCCUAUGGACGCGUCUCAACUUCAGCUUCCUAUUCCGUCGUCAGCCCCUUGGCAUUAGUGUUGCAGCGCCGCCGUAUCUGGAAAACGUGGAGUCUGGCACCAGUGUUGUACGCGGCUUGGAGGAAACUGCCACAAGUGCUGCGAUGCCCACGCCCACAUCAAACAACAUCCUCAAUCCGAAUUUAAGCGGCUCCUUCAAAGAUGAUGACGAUAUGCCACCGCAUCGUUCAAUUUACGAACCUAUCGCAAUCAAUACGCCAGCCACCGAGCAUGGCACAUCUGCGGGGGCAGAUGAAUCAGCGUUUCUACAAACGCCCACACAGGGCGGCAUUGGAGUAGCCGCGUUGCCGCAUGGCGCCGAUGAUCGCCAGUUUCUCAUAUGAAUUAGACGCAACUGAAGUAGGGCGAUAUAGUGAGUUUAGUUUACUAGGCAAUAUAGGUCGUCACACCAAUGCGACAAGACAGACAGAUAGGAAACCCUUUCUUAGGUGUAGUAAUCACGCAACUGAAUAGAAAUGUCCAAAUGUCGCUUGGUUUCCGAUCGUGAGCUGUGGCUGCCAGCUGCUUUGUUUUAAACAAUUAACAAAUGUUUACCCUUAAUAUACAUAAUAUGUAAUUGUAAUUGUAUUUGUAUUUGUAAUCAUCAUCAUCGUGCAUCGUGGAUCAUGGAUGAUUAUGGUUUGCAUCGCAACACACAUUACAUUCAAGCAUACCCACAAAGAUACAUACAUACAUACCUACUACGUCUAUACAUAGAUACAUACAUACAUACAUGAAUAUGCGUAUACAAAUUGUGAUUUAUUUUAUAUACCUUAUACUAUUACUAACAUUAUAAUUGGCUUGCAUAAUUAAAGUCGAAACAACAUACAAAAUGUCAAAUGAAAAAUGAGAUACCAUUUAUCACUGUAUAAGAUUGAAAUUGUUUACCUGAUUCGGAUUAUUUAGAUUCGAUUUUUCUUCGUUUUACAUUUUAAAUCCACUCAAUACCAUUCAACACUCCGAAAAA